AUUUCCCACUUCAUACUAGUGAAUUUGUGACUCUGUUGCUUUUAUAGUCAUGAGGGGCAGAAAAAUCAGCAGGCUUUGGCAUUCACUGUAAUUUCCCUGUUAUUUUUGAAAUCCAAACCUUGUCUACAUUAUCCACCCUUUCCUUUAUUUGCCAGUCCACAUGAUCUGGCUUUAUCAGAAUUGCUUAUAAUACUGUUUCUUUAAGAAUAAGAGGCACAGCUUCCACUCUGACUUAAAGAGAUAAGACCUGUAUAAAUAUGGGUGUUUUAUUUCAGCUGAUUUCACAACCAGAGGCAGCACACAAUGUGAUAAUACCCCUCCUACAGUGAGCGGGAGGGGCUCAUAGAGGGUUGAAAGAGGCAGAUGGGACAGAAGAAAAAGGAGCAAACGGGGAAGAGAAGUGGGAGUAAACACACAGAGCUUAGGCAUGGCUACAUGGAUUCUCGUUGCCCUUCUCGCCAUUGGUGUGUCGUUCCUGUUAUUGAGAGCUUGUGGGUCCAGGACAAGACGAGUGAAAGAACCUCCACUGGUGAAAGGUUGGCCUUUUUUUGGUGUAAUUCUGGAUUAUGGUAAAAACCCACUGGGCUUCCUGCAAGCAGCUCAACAAAAGUAUGGAGACAUCUUUACAUGCCAGCUUGCAGGGAAGUACUUCACCUUCGUCACAGAUCCUUUCUCCUUCUCUGUGGUGAUGCGCCAGGGGAAAAACCUCGACUUUCACAAAUUCGCCAUGGCUUUCUCUCAGCGGGUGUUUGGUCAUGCUGAUUUUACAUCUCCACUGUUCAGCGAAAGCUACCGAGAAGUGCACUCACUCUUCAGGCAAACAUUACAAGGUCCAUCUCUUCAGCAACUUAGCCAGAACAUGCUUGGUAAUCUGCAGACUGCUUUCCAGCACUGCCUGCCAAGUGAGAAUGACUGGAAAGAAGAGGGUUUACAGUGCUUCACCACGCACAUCAUGUUUGAGGCUGGAUUCAUCACACUUUUUGGUAAGAAGCCAGGGUUUCUUCAAGCAGAAGGAAUGGGAGCUAUUGGAACAUGCAUGCAGAAGGUGAAGCAGGAUUUCUUGGCAUUCGAUGGGGCUUUUCCUGCACUGGCGGCUGGUGUGCCUAUCACACUGUGCAGGCGUGCAUGGAGAGCGAGAGAAGCAUUAGCUAAGGGAUUCCUGCACAGGGAGCUUCACUGCAGGAUGUGCAUCUCUGAUCUGAUUCAGCGCAGGAUGGACGCCUUCAGUCGCAUGCACUUGGAUGAGACCGGGAUAGCACGCACACACGUAUGCAUGCUCUGGGCUUCACAGGCCAACACAUUGCCUGCUGCAUUUUGGAGUCUCUACUUUACACUGAGAAAUCCAGAAGCUUUUGUUGCGGCUCGUAAAGAAGUUGACCUGAUCUUGACACAAUUGCCAAAUGACAAGCCAAUCAACCUGUCCAAAGACCAGCUGGAAUCCAUGACUGUGCUUGAGAGUAUUAUCAAGGAAGCUCUACGCCUAUCAAGUGCUUCCAUUAUGAUUCGAGUUGCAAGUGAUGACUUCAUUCUGAGACUGGACUCUGGUCAAGAGGCAGCUAUUAGGAAAGGAGAUUACAUUGCUCUGUACCCCCGAUUAAUACACCUAGACCCUGACAUCUAUCCAAACCCAUUGGAGUUCAAGUAUGACCGAUUCUUGGAUGAAGAAGGUCAAAGGCAGAGCCAGUUCUUCAAAAAUGGCCGACAGAUGAAGCACUACCUUGUGCCAUUUGGUUCUGGUGCCAGUGAGUGUCCGGGUCGUUUCUUCGCGAUGAAUGAGAUAAAGCUAUUUCUCAUGCUGGCACUCUGGCACUAUGACUUACAACUCAGUGAGCCUCAUGUCACACUGCCACCAGACCGCACCCGUGCCGGACUUGGCAUUCUGCCACCUUCUCAAGAUGUACUGCUUCGAUACAGAGCAAGAGCAGAUAGGUUUACAGAGAGAUCCCAGGAGUAAAAUGUUAAAUAAUGACUUGUAUAUGUCUGUAGAAAAAAAAACAUGCAAUAUCUUAAACCAAAACAAUGUGAAAGAAACCUAAAAGAGCAUUCAUUCAGAUUUCUUGAUUUACACUUAGUGGCUUCUUUAUUAGGUACACCUACUCUAAGGCUAUGUAUAAGAAGCUGGCAGAACUUUUACUAUUGCUUUUAUUCUCUACUUAAGCACACUGGGUUUGAAAUGAAAUAAAUGAACAAUGGCUUUUGAGGUUAAAAUAAAGAAUAUUAUGUUUAUUUUUAAAGGAACAGUCCACCGUACUUCCAU